AGCAGAACAAACGUUAGUUCAAAAACAUAUGUAUAUCUUUGAUUAAAAAUCAGUAUUUUGUUUUGUGAUAAUACAUAGUUUGUUUCAGAUGGCUACAGCAGAGAAUUUACAUUUUCAAGACAAUGGCUUAUUUAUAGAAGCCGUUCGUUCUCGGCCUAGUUUAUGGGACAUCCGCCAAAAUUCCUACAGGAAUCAAACGUUGCGAAGCAAGGCUUGGCAAGAAGUUCUUGGAGAACUUGGUCUUGUGGUUUCUCAAGAGAAUAUAAAAGCCAUAGGAAAGCGAUGGAGUUCCUUACGGUACCGUUACAGUAAGUGGAAAGAAUUCGGUACUAGGAGUGGGUCAAGUGGAGAGAAAAAAUAUUUUCCGCACUCGGCACAAAUGGCAUUUCUGAAUGACUCGUUGCAAACUAGGAGAUCCACGAGCCUUUGGCAAACUGCAAUUACUGAGGGGAUGGAAGAUGACCAUGAGGAGGAACGGCCAAGCACUUCAAACAAAAAUAUGAGCCACGAAAAAGAAAUUAUCGCUUUAAAAAAGGAAGAGCUUAAUAUCAAAAGGAGAUACGUGGAACAGCAGGAAACUAAAAAGAGCCAAGCACAAAUGUUUGGUGAUAGUGUUGGGUUAGACCUUGAAAACUUGCCAGGCCCCCUAUUUAGAAAAAUAAAAAUGCGCAUCAUGUCAGUUAUUGACGAAGAACUAAGCGAAUAUGAAAACAUAAAUUAAUAAUAUUUUAUACUAUGGACAGAAUUAACAAUAAUUUUUCAAAUUCUAAAAACUUUUCAUCAAAAUUUCAAACACUUUAAUCAGACUUAUAAAAAACAAGGUAUGUAGUUUUGUAGCCCAUUAAAUUUUAGUGCAAUAAGAUACAAGUUUCAGGUAGUUUUUUUGCAUGGAAGANGAAUGGAAGAAAAUGCACACAACACCCUCGCAAAACAAAUUCUCUA